AGAGGUGUGCCAUCACCAUGCAGUCAAACCUAAUCCUCAAAUCAUUAGCAUCCUUUCUUCUAUUCACUGUUGGGAGGAGGGGCAUCGCACAUGCGCAGUAUAUCCUUUGAACCACACGCGGCUCAAUCACGACGUUUAUCCAGCGGACCACUCACUAUGCAUCAUAGGAGCAGUCUUGUAGGAAAGGCGUGCAAAUGUAGUUACAGAAACCGUAAAUGCUGGCCGUUUUGCUUUAUUUCGUGUCGGAUCAAAACUGCCCUCCUCUAGCUCAAAAUGGGUUAGAAGGAGGAUGCCUGGAUUAUCCUCUUUCAACACUUUGCGAGGAUGGGGAAUUGGAAUUUCUGUUUUCGUAGAGACUUCUUGACAAAGACGGAGAGAGAGAAUAGAGAUCGGAUUUGAGAUCUAUCUCCACUGUUCUUCGUUUUCUUUUCUUGUUUUCUUUUUUGAGAAAUGAUUGCAGAAUUCGUGUGCAGCGCUGUGGCUUUGGUCCUCUAUGUCAACACUCUGGGCGCUGAUUUCUGCUACGAUGACAGCCGUGCGAUCAAAACCAACCAGGACCUGCUCCCAGAGACCCCGUGGAUCAACAUCUUCUACGAUGACUUCUGGGGCACCCUGCUCACCCACAGCGGCAGCCACAAGUCUUACCGGCCCCUGUGUACCCUCUCCUUCCGCCUCAACCAUGCCCUGGGCGGCUUGGAGCCCUGGGGCUACCACCUCGUCAAUGUGGGCCUCCAUGGGGCAGUCACAGCCCUCUUCACCUGGUUGGCCCGCCUGCUGCUUGGAGGGGGCCUGUGGAGCCUCCUAGCUGGGUUAUUGUUUGCCUCGCACCCCAUCCACACAGAGGCAGUGGCGGGCGUGGUUGGCCGGGCCGACGUGGGCUCUGCUCUGUUCUUCCUGCUGUCGCUGCUGUGCUACGUACGUCACUGCACCCUGCGAGGGGGCUCUGCGGGGCCCUGCAGGCUGGGGGCCUGGCUCCUGGGCAGCCUGGGCUGCGCCACCUGCAGCAUGCUGUGGAAGGAGCAGGGGGUGACGGUGCUGGCCGUGUCGGCCCUCUACGACGUCUGUGUUUUCCACCGGCUCAAAUUGCGUCAGGUCAUCAUGCUGGUUUACAAGAGGAGGAACGUCCACCUGCUGUUGAGUGUGUUGCUGUUGGCUGCCUGGGGGGCUGUUCUGCUGGCCUACCGCCUCUACUGGAUGGGCAACAAACCGCCCAACUUCUCCAACUCAGACAACCCAGCGGGGGACUCCCCAUCCCUCCUCACUCGGACUCUAACCUUCCUCUAUCUGCCCGCCGUCAACAUGUGGCUUCUCUUGUGCCCAAACACCCUGAGCUUCGAUUGGUCCAUGGACGCCCUGCCUCUGAUCAGAAGCAUCGCCGAUUGGAGGAACCUUCACACUUUGGCCUUCUAUGUGGGACUGCUCCUUCUGGCUUGGUUUGGGCUUCGCACCCGCCAGGUCAAGGUCAAGGAGACCAACGGAAAAGCCCAUCAUGUAACCAAUGGGAACGGGAGGUCCCACACCAAUGGACACAGCUGUCACCACCCCGAUGUUCCCAACCACACAAACUCUGAAACAGAGCCUCAAACUGCAAGUGCACAGAACGGUACCAAAAAGCACUACGUCACCAGGACUCCACUGCCCACCACUGAAAACGUAGUGGUGUUCUCCUUGGGCCUAUUGGCCGUCCCUUUCCUCCCUGCCACCAACCUGUUCUUCUACGUGGGCUUUGUGAUAGCAGAGAGGGUACUGUACAUCCCCAGUAUGGGCUUCUGUCUGCUGCUGGCGGUGGGGCUGAGGGCCCUGUACGUACGGCUGAGGUGGAGCUCCUCCAGGACUGUGGUGGUGUACUGUAGCGUUACCCUGGUCUUACUGUUUGGGGUUAAAACAGUGCUGAGGAACCAAGACUGGCAGAAUGAGGAGAUGCUCUACAAGUCAGGAAUAUACUUUAACCCUGCUAAAGCAUGGGGCAACCUUGGGAAUGUCCUGAAGAACCAGGGCAAGAUGGCGGAGGCAGAGCAGGCAUACAGGAAUGCUCUCUACUACCGCAGGAACAUGGCAGACAUGCUGUAUAACCUUGGUUUGCUGCUACAAGAAAACAACAAGUUCUCUGAGGCACUCCACUACUAUAAACUGGCCAUUGGGAGUAGGCCAACUCUGGCUUCCGCCUACUUGAACACCGGGAUUGUCCUGAUGAACCAGGGGCGACUGGACGAAGCCAAGAGGACAUUCCUAACCUGCGCCGAAAUCCCUGACGAGAACCUGAAGGACCCCCACACACACAAGAGCUCUGUCACCAGCUGCCUGUACAACCUGGGAAAGCUGCUCCAUGAGCAGGGGCACCAGGAGGAGGCCCUCUCCGUGUAUAAAGAAGCAAUACAGAAAAUGCCAAGACAAUUUGCACCUCAGAGCCUCUAUAACAUGAUGGGAGAGGCCUACAUGAGACUGAACAAGCUGACCGAGGCCGAGCACUGGUACAGAGAGUCCCUGAGAGCCAAGCCAGACCACAUCCCAGCACACUUGACCUAUGGCAAACUCCUGGCCCUCACGGGUCAGAAGACUGAAGCAGAGAGGUUCUUUCUGAAGGCCAUCCAACUAGACCCCACUAAAGGAAAUUGCUAUAUGCAUUACGGUCAGUUUUUGUUGGAGGAGUCUCGUCUGCUGGAAGCGGCUGAGAUGGCGGAGAAGGCAGCUCGUCUGGACAGCGGGGAGUUUGAUGUGGUCUUCAGCGCAGCCCACAUGCUCAGACAAGCCAGUCUCAAUGACGCAGCCGAGAAGUAUUACGGACGGGCAGCCAGCAUAAGACCCAAUUACCCAGCAGCCCUGAUGAACCUAGGGGCCAUUCUCCAUCUCAACGGGAAGCUGCGGGAGGCGGAGACCAACUACCUGCGAGCUCUGCAGCUGAAACCAGACGACACCAUCACCCAGUCCAACCUGCGCAAGCUGUGGAACAUCAUGGAGAAACAGGGCCUCAGGACCAUGGGGCUGUGAGUUAGCUCUCAAGCCAGCAAGCCAUCUGUGCAGCAAGCCUGGGGAAGAAGUGGCUGCUUCACCCUCAGAGGAGAGAGGGAGGAGAGACUGGGAAGGUGAGGAAGGGGGAGGACAGCAGAACGCUCCUCGUGACUGUCUGUUGUGAGGAGCACUACAUUGGAUGAUGACAUUCUGGAACUUUGUCCAAAAAGGGUGCUCUCCCAGGAUCUGUGAUUCUUGAACAGAGCACUUAACUUGAAGUGGGCCAUAUUUUGUGGUUAAUUAGGUUUUGAAUUAGUUAUAGAUGCUUAAAAAAUAUUUAAGGACAACGUUUGUCCUGGGACACUGCAAGAUUAAAAGUGUGUGCGAGUGACAGGAAAAAAAACUUCCCAAGGCGCUGCCCUCUGAAGCAGGAGCAGUGGAGUAGAAGUUACUUUUACUCACCGUCUAAUUACGUUCUUCGUCUGAAGUCAGUUCAUUGGCUUCUGUGCAUAUCAGUGGAACUCGUGGCAUGGUAUUGGAGUUUACAGCUUUAUCAGUUGUAAACAGCUUUAUCAAUUGUUCUCAAAUGUAACACUCCCACUGGGUACAGACAUCAGUUCAACAUCUAGUUUUGAUUUACAUUUGGUUGAGUUGUCAACUAACAUGAAUUCAAUGUGAAAUCAACAACAACAAAAUCACCAUGUUAUUGGAUUUAAGUAAAAAGUUGAGUGAAAAUAAGACAAUUGCCUUACGUUAACUAUUUUCAAAUCCAAUCUGUUUUCCACGUUGAUUCAACGUCAUCGCGUAGAAUUUGGGGGUGGAAAUUACAUGAAAACAACCUUGACUCAACCUGUUUUUGCCCAGUAGGCAACUAGUGGAGGUCAGGAUUGAUUAAUUAUUGAUUCCGAAUGCCUAUGAGAUUUCACUGAUUUGACAUGUUGUUGGACAUUGAGACCUACAGCACCAUGCCUGCAAACGAUAUGUAGCAGAUUGUUGAGCAUCAUUGAGUGAUAAAAAGGGAACCCGUCAUUGAAAAUAAGAAUUUGUUCUUAACUGACUUGCCUAGUUAGAUAAAGGUAAAAUAAAAUUGUUGCCAAAAAACACAGUGGUAGUUGUGAAAUAAAAUGCCAAUACAUCUGUCAGAUGGAAAGGUGAAAUGACUUUGAACUGAAAUUAAUGUCUGUCAUUAUUUGCAAACUCUAUUAUACCUUUCUAAUUGAAGGUGUGAACCUAUUCCAUGUAAAUGUAGCAGAUCAUUUCACAUUCCUUCAAUAAGCUUGUUGUUUCAUAGAGAGACAUCACAUGGCUCCUGUGUAGGCUACUCAUGUGUCCUUGGAUAUUUGUCUUAGAGGACAGUAAUGUGUUAUGAAAGGAAAUGGCCAACUAACUUCCGAUGGUACUAACAUUAGCCCCUAUAAGUUGGCAUACAAGCUGGAGGUUUGGACAUUACCAGAGAACUGAGGACUUCCCCUUCCUUUGUGAUUCAUACUGAUGACCUGUCUUCAGACAUGAUUAGAGGACAGUUGGAAGCCAUUACUGAUGACUGAAGUCUCCUAACCAAAAUAGCUGUCUAAUCGAUGCACUCCUUUACAUAACAAUGCACAGCUAUAGUUUGUCUGAGGAAAUCUUUUUAUGUAAUAUUGCUUUGAAAACGUAAAUGUUAUUUUAUUUGUAUGUAUACAUGAAGUUUAAUAUAUACAGUAAAAAGCCACAUACAUUAUAAUGGAGACAAUAGUCUGACUUGCAAGGGAAGGUCAGUGCCCAGCAGGUUCAGUAUCUGUAAGAUAUGAAGUAUUUUCCAUAGUAUCGAUACAUAAUGUUCUCUCAUUCUUUUCGGUCUUAAACGUCCAUUUUGUAUAUAUUAUGUGUAAUUAACAUCUACUUGGUGCUUGUCAUUAAAACAUUUACCACCGUUUAUCAACUUACAUUUGGAAGGAAGAAAAAGUAUUUUGGAGAUGAUCCGCUAUGACAUUUAUGGUAAAGAAGCCCACAGCCACCGGGCGGUUUAAUAUUUGUAAGUUAUUUCUUUGUGUUAUCUUGGCAUAUAAACCAGCUGGUACUGUGUUAUCUUUUUAAAUGUAUGUUGAAGGAAGUUCGUAAGAUAAAUAUUGAUCCAUUUCCCUUCAAGAAAUGUGAUAUACCUGUACACGUUUGUCUGGAAGACUUUGCCUUGCAUCAUGACUGAAAAAAAGUAUUAUACAGCUAUUUGAUUCUCAACCCCCUUUUCUGACAGGUGUAUCUUGAUUAUGCUAAGAUAUUGCAUUUGAUUUUUUUUAAACUAAGUUCAUCAUAGACAAUAAAUUCAAUGGCUACCAAAAAGUCAAAAGAAUUAAAAUAUUGCCAUUUCUUUUGCUGUUCCUUUGCUGUCUCUGCAGUCACCCCAUCCAUCCGAGGUCAUAUCCAGUGCUUUAUGACGUUAGUAGUCUGAUAGUUGCCUUGUUCUUUCUUGAACAAAAAAAAUGAUAGUUGCCCUGUUCCACUCUGUACGUAACCUCUGUUCUCAUGUCUGUCUGCCAGUAUUGGAGUCACAACAUGGCACUGUGUCUGGCUGGAGCUGGAUGGUCUUACUGGUUGUUACAGUGCUGACGAUUGUGAUGGUCUUGACCAUACAGCACAACACUGUACAACACUGUGUUGUAUAUAGCUAUGGUCACCAUGUCUAUCUGUCUGUUAUAAUGAAAUGUUGAACUAGGUUAUCACAAUAAACUAUUCUACCUUCACACCUUCCACCCCACUCCUACAACCCCCAUCACAAGUUGUGCUAAUUUCUCUUGUGGAUAAAUUGUUUAUGAACAAAUUAUAGUAUGAAUGAAGAUGGAAAUAAGUGUUUCAUUCUGUCUCUCUGCUCAGGGAUUUCAAGCGGUGGGUUGUAUUGCUGAAUCAUACUCACGGAGCACUCGGAGAGUUUACUAAAUUAAAGUUUUAUUUUUUGAAAGUUGUUGUAUUUGUAUAAAUUAUCAAGAUUUGUAGCCUUUGCUUAAACGAUGCGCCAGUAUAAACUUUCCCAAUGUUGCUUUUUUUCCACAAUAAAGUAAUGGUGUUCUGCU